UCGCGCACAGGACCAGUUCACUCACUCACACAAACCGUAUGCGGUCCGGUGUCAGAGGCAACACCACUGAUCUCCGUGCGGGACUCUCCUUUAAGAGCAGAUGGAGACACUUCAAUCGGUCAUCUCGAUCAGAGAGGACACCGGACCGUUAAAAAAGCCACUGGCAGACACUAAAGAGCGCUGCAAAAGAGACGAUCACGGCGAAACAAAUUAUGUAGACCUGGGCAACCCAUCGGACAUGAAGUCUGACAGCACAAAGACAGUAAAAGUCACUUUCACAGGCGAAGGGAACCAACUGGCUAUAUUCAGAUGUAAAGGCGAUGCUUCUAUCUCCGGGAUAAAGAGUCCUGGGCAGCGAGAGGAGACUGGAAAUGCCGAUAAAAGUUCACCGAAAUCAUGUCACGCGGAUAAGUGCCAUUCCGAGGGACUUUAUGGAGAGCGCGCUCCGCUGACAGAUGAUUAUGUGGACGCGGGAACGGAUGUACAAUCCGAAGAUCCAACGUCUGAGUCGUAUGAAACGGAGGAGUUACAAUACACCGACAUGUACUUGAACAGUCGCUGCGAGUCAAAGGACAGCACGAGUGUAGCGGACGUAGAGCCUCACUAUAUAACGACGCGCGAGAUUCAGUUGACCGAGUUAGAUCACGAUGUGGAUUACGAGUUUGGUCGCGGAUCCUGCUGGGAUUUGGAGGAUGAUAAUCUGGUAUAUUCAUUUGUUGACUACGCAUCAUUUGACAGCGUCGAGACGAGUCUGGGAAGAAUCCAAAGCAAGUCCAAGAGCAAUAAAAUUCCUCCCACUGCACGCGCAGCGAAGCUUUCCGCCACAGGUGCUCUGGUCAGCACCGAAAGUGAACUUUGUGAAUCCGAUAAAUGUGCCAGCUCGGAUGAAGGCGCCGGACAGCAAGGAAAUUCGGCUGGACAUGUUCACCUGUCAAUCAAAACGUCUUCGCGCGCAGUCAACGCCCCUGCCGGUGUUUUGGGACAGAGGAAUGUACGCUUUCACACCAGACGUACAGGUGAGAGGAGUCACUAUUCGUUCAAAAGCUCUGACUCCAAAAGCGAGACCAUGUUUGACCGCUACUUUAUCCCACCUCCGGGUCGCCAGCACCUCGCGAGCAAACUGAGGGGAAAAGACAUCAACGAAUAUUCCAGUGGCGCGUCCAGUUCCGUCAGCGAACUGGAUGAUGCUGAUAAAGAGGUGCGUAAUCUCACCGCGCGCUCCUUCCGGAGUUUGGCGUGUCCUUACUUUGAUACCAUACAUUUGAGCAGCUCGAGUGAGUCCUCUAUAUCAGAACACGGACUGAGUAUUAACAAAUGGUCCGCUUUCGUCGACUUAAAUUACGUCAAUUUGACACGUGAGGCGCAGAACAACUCUACGCCUGUUAUGGAGGUCGAUAAAAGCACCGAGUGUACAAAUCUAAAAGACGUGGUUCAAACCAAUACACCUAGCUCUCAAACUAAAAUAGUGUCGAUGAAAAAUAACUUGAACUCGCAGCAGGCGUCUAAGAAAAUUGAGUUACGAAGCAAGCCGGGUGAAACCAUCACACUUACUGAAACCUUCAACUGUAACGUCGGGAUACCUGCGCGCGAGAGGCGCGCGAAACGCGCGCUGAAUGCAAUGAUGUCACGUUCCACAGCUGAUGUUACGGGCACCACGCCAGCCAAUGCAGGAUGUGAAGCAGAAAGUCCGUUCGGGGAAACCUUGGAGGAUGCCCAUAAGAAAGCCAUCUUUGCUUCUAGUCUUUUGAAAAAUGUCAUUUCCAAGAAAAUGCAGUUUGAGCAAGAGCGUAAAAUGGAAAGAGGUGAAAUAUGUGAUACUUAUCCUGUUCCAUCAGUCUCCCCUCAUGCUAAGAAUUGCAAAGAGACUGUGAAGGGAUUACAAAGGCAGACUUCAGAAACCGACUCAGGACACUCUCAAGAGGAACUCGGUGAUACAACAGACCAGCCACAAGAGAAUUCAUGUUCAGGUGGUGCUAAAAUCACAGAUUCGCCCUGUGACCCAGAAAUGACCUCUAAAUUAGACCUAAGUGAACCACUAAAGACUUCUUUGACCUCCAGCCAAAAGAGUGCUUUCAAAACCUGGAAAGAUGGAGAGCAGGAAGCACAAGGUGAUGGAGAAUCUCAGUGCGCACCGGAGGAGUCGUCGCCACUGCCAGACACCUCAAUCAGACCGGUGACGGAAAGCAGUGAAAGUGUUGAGGGCGAGAGUAGUAAGAUGAUUAAGAUGUCUCACUUGUAUGUCCCUAGCUCGCAGCUUAUGCCUAAGGAAAAGGAAGCUGCCGGGAUUUCAUUACAUAAUAUGAAAGUGACUGGAGAUCUUGCAGAGUCAGAUGGGGGAGGGUGCAGAAAAGUGAGCUCUGGCCAGCUCCAUAGCCCUGUGGACACAGACCAAACCACAAAGUGUCAAAAAGCACCCGAAAUCAAAAUACAGCUGCGAAGUGUUAAAGAAAACAAAAGCAAUCAGUUCAAUAUCACCAGUCUUUUUACGCCUAAUAUCCAUCACAACCUCAGCGCUAACAAGGCGACGAUCAAAUCUAAAAGUAAUUUGUCGAACAUAUCAGACAAAGUACCACAUUUUAUGGUGAGGGAUAUUAGAGAUAGUAAAUGUAAGUUCCAGACACCUAUUCAUCAGGUUAGAGACGUGCGCAAAUUGGUAAAAAGCUCAUAUCGGUUUGUAGCACUAGAAGAUCCUUGUGGUUCAUCAGAGACUGCAUCCACAGGAUUACGAGAGGAGAGCAAGCCUGUUAAUAGGGAACCUGUCAAGAAACCAUUUCCUACACCAAUGGUUAUAAAAUGCCAGUCUGUGUACAGAAACAAUGCCACAAAACCUUCCAAGCCUGCUAACAUGGAUGAGAGUGUGGGUGAAAUGGUGAGAUUAUCCCCUAAUCUCUCAGAGUGGGCUGCUAAAAAUGAAACCUUGUGCACCGCACCCGGAUUGGCUUGUGCUAAACAACCUGUGACUGAACAGCCAGAGUUUAUCUUAAAAAUUAAUGCUAAAGUGGCAAAACAAAAACAAGAAAAAGCAGCAGAAGGCACCGAGAAGAAACCAGAGUCGAAGGCUUCAAAUCAAAUAGCUCUUGAAAAAUUAAAGGCAGCUGUGAAAACUAUGGAGGAACUAUACGUUUUUGAUCGGAAUGAAUGGAAGCGAAAAACAAAAGCCCCGCGACCAAUCACGGACAGUCACGUGCUGUCACUCAUUACGCGAGAGGAGCAAGGAGUCACAACCAAAACCGACUCUGAGAACGAAUAUGGGAAAGUGGACACAAGCUUGCAGCUGCAUGCUGAAAAGUCGACUGUGACCUCGAGUUCUGGUGUUGACGAGGAUAAAGUGUGCAUACCAACAGGUUCUCAUGACCAGGAAGACACAGCUAAGUUAGUAACCCAAAAGGCAGAUUCUUUCAAUGACAAGUGCAUUUUUAGUCUGGGCAGUAACCUCAAAGCACCUACACGUAUAAAUACACCAAAUGACAGCACUCAGCAAAUGUCUUCUAGCAGAAACUACACCCUUAAAUCUUAUAAAAGUGAGGAAAGGCACCAGAAAGAGCAGCCAGACUCUGACAAUUACCUAACGAUACCCAUUAAAGCUCACACUUCAGAUUCAAAGCCCUCACAGGCAUUGGGCUCACAUCCAAAGCCUUCAUAUAAGCCCUUGCAACGCUCCCCUAUCGUAAUGGAGUCUUGGUCUCCUGACAGUCAGACGGCCACGAUAUAUCACCACGCCGUACCUCUGCCACCUGUACCUGCCGCUCAACCUCAGCUACUCUGCCUCACACCACCAACGGACCUCCCACCGCAUCACAUCCAGCGCAAGCUCCUGCUGGACCCCGCCACUGGCCAGUACUACUUAGUAGACACCCCUGUGUCCAUGCAGCCAGCCGCCCAGUGCUUUUACCAUCCCGAGACUGGUCAGUACUUGGACAUUCCUUUAUCGCUCACCCCAGUGCCCGUGUCCGUUUCGCCGGUCACCCUUGGUCCUGCAGCAGCCUAUCCCCCCACUUACUUGGUCUACCCUUCGAACCUGCCGGCACCCCAUCUACACCCGGUCCCCCAGUCCCAGUCAUCCACUUGCUCGGAAGGCGAAGACGUGGUGGAGACGGGCAGCAUGUAUCUGAUCCCGCAGGGCACCACAGUUCCCAGAAGCACCACCAAACCUGUCAUCAGUAUUACAUCCCAGCAAGGUGCACGUAUUGUUGCUCCACCCUCCUUUGAUGGCACAACCAUGAGCUUUGUGGUGGAGCAUCGAUAACAGAAGGAUGGUCUGUGUCUGUCUGUCGGAGUGUGUCAAAAAAAAUCCUCAGACAUGUUUCACAGUUUCCCACAUCUGUCUUCAUCAAUUCCUACCCGGCAUCGCCUCCUGAUCUGUGACCUGCAAUGUUCAGAUGCUAAAGAUGAAACCUUUUAAAGCAGUUUUACAAACUUGUGUA